GGGGAGGGUGGGAGGUAGAGGUACGUUCCAGCUCCAUUCACCAUUUUGUAGCCCCGGUCUUCCUUGUGAGUGACCGCAAGGCAAGGAGCAGUGGGGGGAACUGUGAGUGACUGUGGCAGGCUGUCCUCCCCGCAGCUCGGCGCAGAAGCCCAGACUAAAAUGAGCAAUGAAGCCAGCCAGGAAGCCCAGUGGCAGUGGGAACAACAGGUCCCUCCUGAGCGGGAGGGCACGGGGCUCGAAGCGGCGAUACGGCGAGGAGGGCGACGAGUCACCAGCAAUCAGCGGCCCCACAACCCCCACCACCACCACCUGCACCACCACCACCACCACCACUACCUCCACCACCAGCAGCAGCAGGAGGGCCCAGACCAGGACUGAGGGCAGGCCCCGGGGAGCCAGGGGCAGAGGGGAGGGCGGAGAAGAGGAGGACGAAGGUGUAGGCGGAGGAGGAGGAGGGGGGAAAGGGCCCGAGGGAGCUUCCAGCCGCAAGACGGCCACCUUCAAGAGCCGGGCGCCCCGCAGGAAGGCAGUGGAGGAGCUGAGCGGGGCAGAGGAAGGACGGGAGGACCCUGGGGGAAGUGGAGGUGGAGAGGGUGGCAGCAGCAGCGAAUCCUCUGUCCCUCCACUCCCAGCCUCUUCCCCCGAGCAUCAGCCCCUCCUUCCUGACCCCUGCCCUGCUCAAAGCUCCUCUGGGACAGAGACAGCCAGCGAGCAUUCGGCCGGCGGGGAGGAAGAUGAGGAUGAGGAGGCGGGGGUGGAGGUGAGGGAGAGGGAAGCAGGUGAGGGUCCCCGGGGUGUCCCAGCUCGCAGGAACGGGGCCUUCCGCCCCUCGGCACUGCGCCUCGGAGGAACAGGGGCUGAUGGCGAGGGGGAGGGAGGGUUGGAGCCUGUCGGUGGUGAGACGCCCUCAGGCCCCCCACCCCUCCCUUCUGGCACACCCCUCUCCCCUGGUGUCCGGAUCUGCACCCGACCCUCGCACCACCCACCCCCCUACCGCGAGGGCCCGGUGCUAGAUAAGUCGGUGCCGGUCCCCCCAACCUCCUCCUCCUCUUCCUUGGGACCCUCACCUCCCACCUACCGGGUCCUCUUUGAUGCGUCAUCGGAGCCGCGGGAGGCCUGGCUGGGCCCGACCUCCCUGCGCCUUCCCAGGGGCCCCCCUCCCCUCCCCGUCACUUCACCCUCUUCCUCCUCUGCCACUGUCCCUCCUCCGCCACCGAGGGGGUCCCGUCCUUCCCCUCGGCGCCGCUGCUGCCCGGAGCUGACGAGUUCAAGCCCCACCUGCGGGCCCGGCGAGAUGGCCAGCCCAGGACCCCACUCCUCCCCUUCACCUUCCCCUUCGCACUGCCGGCCGCCCCCUCCCCAGGAGGCCCCCGACCCCAGGGUGGGGGGCUGUUCCUCCUCCGCAUCCUCCACCACCUCCUCCUCCUCCGCGGUGGCCCCCCGCUCCCGCACCCCGCUCUCUGCCUCCUCACCCUCUGCUGCCUCCUCUUCCUCCUCCUCGGCUGCGGGCGCGACGGCCCCCCAGUCGCAGCACAAGUAUAGGAAAGGGGACGUGGUGUGCACGCCCAACGGGAUCCGCAAGAAGUUCAACGGAAAGCAGUGGCGCCGUCUCUGCUCCCGGGACGGCUGCAUGAAGGAGUCUCAGAGGAGGGGCUACUGCUCCCGCCACCUCUCCAUGCGCACCAAGGAGCUGGAGGGGGCAGGAGGGGCAGGGGGAGAUGGGGGAAGGUCCAGCCACGGGCCCCUGGAAGGCAGCUCCGAGUACGACUGGGACGAGACGUCCCGGGAUAGUGAGGCCAGUGGCUCUCGGGCUGAGCCCCACCCCCGGCCGCCCGCCGGUGCCUCCUCCGAUCUCUCCAGCUUCAACUCGGAUGAGUGCGAGGCGGCCAACAUGCUGGUGUCGCUGGGCAGCUCGCGGUCCGGCACGCCGGGCUUCUCGCCUGUUUCCAACCAGUCACCCUUCUCGCCUGCCCCCUCCCCCUCCCCCUCGCCCCUCUUCGGCUUCCGACCGGCCAACUUCAGCCCCAUCACGGCCUCUCCCGCUGUCCAGCGUGUCCCCUGCCCCUCCGCUGCCUCCGCCUCCUCCUCCUCUUCAUCCUCCUCCUCCUCGUCUCGCCGCAGGCACGCCAGCACGCCCAAGGUGGGUGGGGUGCUGAGCCCAGAGGGAGCACCCCAGCCGCUGCCCCCACCUCACCACCAUGUCCAUCACCACCACCAGCAUCGGCAGCCCACGGGCAUCCAGCCGACCUUCCAGACAAGCCUAACCUUCACCGUUCCUGUCAGCCCAGGAAGGGGCAAGCUACGGGCGGACUGGUCCCAGACUGGGACCCCUGCUCCCUCUGAGCCACCGCUGCCCCCUUCUUCUUCCUCCUCCUCCUCCUCCGCCCGCCAGCCUUCCCCCCGCCUCCUCCUUACCCCCUCGCCCUCGGCCCUCAGCUCCGACCCCCUCCCUGCCGGCCCUUCUGUACGCAGGGUCCCCCCUGCCCGGCGUGAUUCCCCCGUCAUCGUACGCAACCCUGAGGUCCCGCUGCCCGCCCGGUUUGCUGAGCUGCCUGGGGCCCAGUGCGGGAGGGGUGGCAGCCGGGGCGGUGGCGGCGGCGGCGAGCAGAAGCAGCAGCCACCGCCUCCACCACAGCAGCAGCAGCACCUUCCCCUCCUCUGCAGGACCCCCGCCGGGGGCGCGGGGGGCUGCAACAAGACCCCGCUGCAGGCCCCUGUGCCCAUCAAUGCCAGCCGUGUCCCGGGGAUGGUGCGGGUGGCUUCGCCGGGACAGCCCGCUCCCCAGCUGGGCGCCCCCUCCCACCAGGAGACUCCCUUCCAGCCGCUGGCCUUCCACCCCUCGCCUGCGGCCCUCCUCCCUGUCAUCGUGCCUUCGCAGGACAGUGAGACCAGCCACCCAGCGCCCAAGAAGGAGGUCAUCAUGGCACGACCUGGCACAGUGUGGACCAAUGUGGAGCCACGCUCUGUACCCGUCUAUCCCUGGCACUCCCUGGUUCCUUUCCUGGCUCCCAGCCAGCCGGAUGCCUCGGUACAACCUCCGGAGGCCCAGAAGCCCACCUGUCCGGCUGGCUCGUCCAAUCAAGUGAAAGAGCCUGUGCAGUCGGCGCAGCAAGCGUGUGUUCCGGCAGAGCUUCCCCGAGAGCCUGAGAGACGGGAAGAGGCGGGUGGCAGCCCACCACGGGGAUCCACCGAUGGUCUUAGAGCACAGUCCCACGUUGAGGAGAUGCAGGGGCUGCCCGGCCAGAGAGGAGACAGCGAGACAGAGAGUGACCAGGAUGAGGCGUUCCUACCCAACGCUGGGUUGGAGACGGUCUGCCUGCCUCCGGAGAAGCGCCGGACCAAGUCGCUCAGCGCGCUGCCCAAGGACAGGGACUCUUCCUCUGAGAAGGAGGGCCGCAGCCCACACAAGCGUGAGAAGGACCACAUCCGGCGGCCGAUGAACGCCUUCAUGAUCUUCAGCAAAAGGCACCGGGCACUGGUUCACCAGCGGCACCCUAACCAGGACAACAGGACAGUCAGCAAGAUCCUAGGCGAGUGGUGGUACGCCCUGGGACCCAAUGAGAAAAAGAAAUACCACGACCUGGCCUUCCAGGUAAAAGAGGCUCACUUCAAAGCCCACCCAGACUGGAAGUGGUGUAACAAAGACCGAAAGAAGUCCAGCUCCGAUGUGAAGACAGCCCUCGGGGGUCCUGGGACCCUGAGGUGCAAGGAGCCACGGGAGCGCAGCAUGUCAGAGACUGGUGCGCUCUCUGCCACAGCAGUGUCGUCGGAGCUGACGUCAGACUGCCAGGACCCUCCAGGAACGGACUGCAAACCCAUCUCCCUGCUGAUGAACGCUGAAGGCAGCCAGCACCCUGGGGUGGGGAGCACCCAGCUGACCCGGCCCCGCGCCUUCUCCCACAGUGGUGCCCACAGCUCAGAGAAGUGUGAGCGAGACACCGAGGUACUGGAGGAGCUGGCACAGAUGUGUGUCAGCCCGCUGCCCUACGCUGGGAUGCGAGGGCCGCACCCAGCCCUAGGGCCUCGAGGCUUCAGCCCCCACCCGCCCGGCGAGGCCACCCCCUCCAGCUGUCCCCCCCGGCAGUUCCGCUCACAGCGAACGGCCAGCGAGGACAUGACCAGUGACGAGGAGCGGAUGGUCAUCUGCGAGGAGGAGGGUGACGACGACGUGAUGGAGGAGGCAUUUCCUGGGGACAUCGACCUGAAGUGCAAGGAGAGGGUGACGGACAGUGACAGCGAAGGCAUGUCAGCUGAUGAUGGAGAGUCCAAGACUUUCCCACCAGUGAUCCGCACCUCUCCGCAGCCAGGAGUCCGGGCACCGAGCCACGGUGAUGCAGUCGUUCGGGAACCCUCCGAGGCCGCGGUGUCGGCAUCUGUGACCCCCUCAUCCUCUUCCUCCGCCCCCUCUCACGGUCGUGAAUCCCGUGGCCCCCAUGGCAUCCUGCCUCCCCCGUCGCCCCAAGAUCGUGCCAGGGAGGGGCGAACGCCCCCCAGGAAAGAGGGGGAGUCCACCCGCCCCCCUUCCGGCCACUCAGUCAUUGCCCCCCCAGGUCCUGAGAGGCUUUCAGCUCCCCGCUGCCCCAAGGCCCCGGCAGCUGGAGGGGGGGCCACAGUGUUGCGGUCUGUUGGCGGACCACUUCCUGCCUCAGAGCCUCCUGCCUGCCCCCCACAAGGCCUGGGCUUGCUCUACCCACCCGAAAGGAGGCCCCCGCCCCCACCACUUGCCCCUUCCCGGGUCCAGCGGCCUGCCCCACCUUCCUUGCAGCUGGUGGCCCAGGGUGGGGGCAGCCCCAACGGAACCCUGCCCUUGGGGGUCCUGCAGCCCCAGCCCCUGAGGGGGGGAGCAGUGGCCCAGCUCCAGUACGUCCUGCCCCAGCCCCAGGGGGCAGGAGGGGGACGGUCUGCUGCUGUCCCCGUACCUGUUCGUGCCCAGCCAGGGGGCACUGGCCUCCAUUUCGCCCUUCCUCCCACCAACGGCAAGCUGCUACCCCCAGGCUCGGCCUCGGCAACGGGAGCUGUCCCGCCUCACCAGGGCGUCUCCAUCAUCCAACCCACCCCAAUGGGCAGUACCACAGGGACCCCAAAAGCUCAGUCGAUGUCCCCAGUGCCAGCCCUGUCACCCAUCAACACGGCUCAGGUACUUCAGCCCCCAGCGCUGCUCCCGGCCCCCAGCCCCGUGCAGGGCAAGGUGCUGGUGGCCCUGCCCUCGUCUCAGGUCUCCGUCCGAGGGACUGUGUCGGGGGCCGUCCACGUGGCCACUCCGCCCAUCACCCUGCACAACGGGGGACAGCAGGGCAGCAAGAUAAUACAAAUUGCUCCGAUCCCUGUGGUGCAGCCACAGAUCACGUCACAGACCCCACUACAGCCGCCGGCCAGCUCAGUCUCCCACACCAGCUACACGGCCACAGCCGCGCCCACCGCUGCUGUGAUGGCCGCAGGCAGCCACCCACCGAAGAUGCUGCUGCCGACUUCAACCAGGAUUGCCUACAUUCCGUCCAGCGGGGGGGUGCAGCCGGCUGUCCCCCUGGUGACCUCGGUGUCCUCCGUCCACGGCACCCCCUCCCCCAGCAGCAGCGCCGCCUUCAGGCAGCCCCCUGUAGCCCUGGGCUUCACCACCAUCGCUGCCGAUGGCUGCACCCUGCUGCAGCCCCUUCUGACAGGUCAGCCUCCAGUCCUGACCACUGGACCCCUCCCAUCUGUGCAGCCUCCGGUGGCCAUCGCCUCAGUGAAGCCAGGUGUUCCGGCUGCCUCAGCCUCAGCGACCUCGCUGCCAACCACCAUCCUGCCCAAGGCGGUGGUUUCGCCUGCUCCUCCUGCCCCGUCGACGUCAGCAGCUCCAGCUUCGUCCCAGGGACCAGCCACCCCGCUGUACACUGGGCUGACCAUCCCUCCACAAGGGAAUCUGGCCUUUAACCUGCGACCCCAGCCCAUUCCGAAGCAGGCAGCCAAGGCCAAGUCUGGCCCCCCGAGCCUUCCACCAGCUGCACUUGACAUCCCAGCGCCUGGAUGGGGAGGGGGGAAGCAGUCGGCGCCGGAGAGAGAGGACGGGCGGCCUGAAUCGCCGCGGCCGGAGGAGGGACCACAGCCCUUGGGGUUGCUGGGCCCUGAGGAGGGGUUCCCCAGGGAGGAGCGCCCACCCGGCGAGGACAGGGGCCAUGGCGAGACUGGGAUGGGGGUCCCGGCGAAGGGCAGUGGCAGCCCUACCGCCUACAGCAGCAGGUCCACCAACACCGAGGUCAUGGUCAAGAAGGAGCCUGCGGUGAAGUACGCAGGCAGCGGAGAGUGGCGGGGCUCGCUCCUGGACAGCCGAGGGGAGGCACCCAGCACUUCCCAAACCUCACCCGCCCCUGGCGAGCCCGGUAAGGCUGCAGCUCCCCCCUCUGACCCCACUGAUAAAAAAGAGCCACCCAAGAAGGUAAAGGUCCGGCCGCCGCCACUGAAGAAAACCUUUGACUCGGUGGACAACGUGCUGUUGGAGGUGGACUUCGAGGAGCGCUUUGCCGAGCUGCCCGAGUUCCGGCCAGAGGAGGUGUUGCCCUCGCCCACCCUGCAGGCCCUCACCACCUCGCCCCGCACCAUCCUCAGCAGCUACCGCAAGAAACGCAAGAAUUCCACAGACCUGGACUCCUCAACGGAAGACCCCAUCUCCCCGAAGAGGAAACUGCGCCGUCGUUCUAGCUGUAGCUCGGAGCCCAACACGCCCAAGAGCGCCAGCCGGGAGGGCGACAUCUUCACCUUUGACAGACCCGUGAGUCAAGGAUCAGAUGCAGACGACGUGCUGGCUGACCUGGCGGACAAGGUGCCCUACUCCUCGCUGCGGCGAACCCUCGACCAGCGGCGUGCCUUGGUCAUGCAGCUGUUCCAGGAGCAUGGCUUCUUCCCCUCUGCACAAGCUACGGCUGCCUUCCAGGCUCGCUACUCAGACAUCUUCCCAACCAAGGUGUGUCUGCAGCUGAAGAUUCGUGAGGUGCGCCAGAAGAUCAUGCAGACGGCCACACCCAGUGAGCAGCCACUGCCCUCCUCGCCCUUCCCGGCCUCGCCCUCCGCCCAGCCCGGCCCCGAUGCACUGGGCCGCCACGAGGAGGAGCCCUCAGCCGAGACUGAGGGGCCAGGGCCUGAGUCCUCGCCGGAGCACAGCUCCCCCAGCAACCCCACUGCCAGGUGACUGCCCAACGGCCCACCUCCCACCCACCUUGUCCUUUUCAUACUGCGUAGGUUAUCUAUAAAUAUAUAAAUAUAAACACGGGGCUUCCCGCAAUGCUGCGGAGAACUGGCCCCCUUCUCCAAGGACUCAAUACACUCCGGCACAGCGACCGAUCGGGAGCAGGAGGAGGGCGGCGCCUCGGACAGACAGACUGGGGAGGAAGGUCUGCAGCAGAUGGCUCGGCCGGACAGGUUUCCUCGAACUCGAUUGACGGGGGACAGGAAGGAAGAGCCAUGGACUCUGGUUCCCCAUGCCCAUUGUGGAGGAGGGGGCAGUGUCUCUGUGUGAGACGGCAGAACAGUGAGGGGAGGAAAGUGCUCACCUGUACUGGAUGAGUUUUUUUUUUGAAGCCCCCCCCCCCACCCAUCUGUGGGAGACAGCCACAGACUUUGGUCUUACGCCAUUUCUGGAGGAGGUGGUAGUGUCAGUGUGUGUGUGCGCGCUGUAAUGCGAGGUGGCGGGGACGGGAGAGAUCACCCGCACCGGACAGGGUUCCUGGAAACUAAUCGGCGGGACAGGGCCGUCAGGAGCCACGCCGCGGGUAGAGAGCACGAACUCUGGUCUCCGGACCGAUCCAGGAGCAAGGGGCUGUGCGUGCGAGCACCAUCCUGCAAGGCGGCGGAGGCAGACAGGAGGAGGACGCUUCCCUGUGCUGGACAGGAUUUGGGAGGGGAUGGGUUGAGGGGUGGAUGGGGUUUUGGGGGGGACCGUGUAGACUGCUUCCGUGCCCUGUCGCGGUGUGGGGAUGCUGAUUUCGACUGGUAUGAACCAGCGCUGGGGGCGCUGUACAGAUUCCUUUGGGAGUGGGGUCUCCUCCAUGUCGCUCACACUCUCAAACGCGCCCACUCUGUCUCACUUUGUCUUCAGCCAUCCACCGCUUCCCCCUCGUCUCUGCUUCACUCACCUCCUCCCUACCCAGCCCUCACGCUCUCUCCAUCCCUGUCCCCCUCUUCCCCACCCCUUCCACCCUCCCAUUCCCACACUACAGUCUCCAAACUUUACCUCUUCAUUGUUUUUCUUCAUCCUUUCCUAUUUCAUUCAUUUUAACUCCCAUCUCUCCCUCCCCAUUUCUCUCCCACACUGUCAGGUUCCUUUAGCUUGUCCUUGCUCCCCUCCCUGCAGCCACACCCCUUCAGCCCUCUCCCCACCCUGCCGCCUCAUGCUAAAGCAUUCUGUACAAUAUCUGUAAAGUUGCUUUGUAUUAUAGAUUGAAAUGACUCCCCGAGGGGCACCAAUCCAACUGUGCACUGUGUGUUUUUAAUGCAGUCCUUCACACCUCUGACAGUGUCAGUGCAGGCUGCUCAUCGGUUUCUCCACAGUCCCCUCCCCCCUGCUCACACCUGAGGGUGUAAGAUAUGGUGUCCACCAGCAUCUGCUCCUCCAUCACCAACUCGCCCCUCUCAUCCCAUGAGGCAUCAACCCUGCCCCUCCUGCCUCAUCGCCCCCCCUCUCACCCUGGAUCGAACCUUGCACACCCGUAAUAGGCAUGCACCAGAUCUUGCACAGUGGCAAUGGUUGUGUGUGUCUUUGCACAGUCAGUAACAGGUGUGCACCUACUUUCACACUCACUGACAGACUGAGCCUUGCACUGAGACAAGUGCGAUAUAAGCCUUGCACACCGUGGUUCUGGGGGGUGCCUUGACCUUGCACACUUGCUGGGGUGUGUACACUGUAUGACAACACUGUGUGCAACCUCACUGGUGCCAGGUUGGAUGAGUUGCAUAAAGCGAUGGCGUGUGGUGGGCUUGCACACCCACUGGCUCCCUCCAUUAGACACUCGGUUGUGGAGCAGCAGGUACCAGGGCUGCCCAUGCACUGUGGAGAGAUUGCCAGUGUCUCGUUGACAGAUGGUGUGUUGGGACUUGGGCACACACAUACACACACUGGUGCAGGAGAGGUGAAAGCCUGUUGCACACUCACUGGUGAAAGGUAGCUCCAGUCUUUGCACACUUACUAUGGACAGGAAGCCUCGGGCCUUGCACAUCCACUUGUCAAACGAGUCACCAGUGAUGGUUGGAUCUAAAUCCCAGGUGAAAGGAUGGCUGGCAAGGUGUGGGGGAGCCCUGAAUGAUGAGUCUGGGCAGGAAAGACAUUGUUCAGGAGUGAACUAAAGCCAUUUAGCCAUACAGAGAUGUAGGAGGAUAUGAACUGUGCCCAACAAGGUGAGGGAGAGUGCUGAGAGAUUCUACAAGUAUAGCAAGAACGCAUGGUAAACCAGCAAGAGGAUAGAAUCCCUGAGGAUCAGCGUGGUUGACUGGGUGAAGCCACAGUGAAUGGGAAAGGUCUUAAAUGUCUAUAUUCACCGUGGAAACGGCCGUGGGGGAAGAGAACAAUGUUUCUGGGACAUAUCCCUAAUACGAGGUUCAUAAAGGUAAAUUAAUCCCUGAGUUCGGGCCAAGUGUAUCCCAGGGAACUGGGAAAGUCGAGAGUAUAUUGCAGGGGCCCCUGGUGGAAAUAUUUACAUCAUCAGGGGUAAAUAACAGUAAGACUGGAGGAGAAGGGCCAGGGAAGUAUAAACCGACGAGGCUGACAUCAGUGGCGGGAAAGUUACUGGAGACGAUUCUGUGACAGCCUCGACCAGCAUGUGGAAAGGCAAGGACUGGUUAGGGACAGUGGCGUAGCGUUAGAGUAUGGGGAAAUCCGUCCUUAACAUAUUUGGCUAAGAUUUUUUUUUGAAGAGGUGAACAAGAAGUGACAGGGCCCUGGGGAGUGAUGUACAGCAGUGAAAGUGCAGAGUCGGCAGACAAUAAGGCGCCAGAUUCUAACGAGGUCACGAGUUCAAAUUGCAACGAGUCGGAAUAUAGUAGCGACGAUUCGAUGAACAGGAAGGCGAUAGAGCCGAGUAACAUGAUGUUAUGACAGCAAACUUGCCCUCCCUAUCGACUGUGCUGGAUUUUGCUCGCUCCCUGACAGGAGUUGUAUUGCCUCUUGCCCCGUCACUGGUAACGGAUGCUACAUUAGAUUAUGCACACGAAGCGGCAGUAAAUUGUUCAGCCUUGCGCGCGUACACGCAGAGGUGACGGCUGGGCAAUAUUAUCUUGUUAUACCCACCAGAAAAUAGUAUACUGAGUCUUGCAUUCACUAGAGGCAGAUUUUACACUGGCUGUCGCACAUUCACUGGUGGUAGGUGUUGAUAUUGGACGCUGCAUACUCACUGAUGGGCGGAGAAUUGGGUUAACUCACACCAGUGACAAGAGGAGCUGUCGG